CGCCGGGAGUCAGGGGUUUUAUGAUUAGAUUGAGCGCUGAACAUGGAUUCGAGACUGGACUAUCAUAGUCCUGACCUGGUAUAGAUCCAAGCUGGGGGCCUAAAGUAUCAAAUAGAUUGCCAGUGUCACUGUGUCACCUAAAACAAACUUAUAAGCAUCAAGUACGCAAAAAUGCUAAAUCGUUAAACUAGCUAGACCCGAAAUCGUGCACUUGCGCAUAGUGAUUGCUCAUUGCGUAUGGCGAGUGCACAAUGAUCGCUCUAAUCUAGCUCUGUUGGCCCGAAGCACGUCGACGCGCCUAGAAUCGCGUGCGCAAGUACUUUGUUCAUGAACCCGAUGGGAAAUACGAUUGCCUUUUUGAAUCAGGGCAAAUCCCCAAUUCCUUCCUGUGACAAUUUACUAUUGUCACGUAGUGUCACAAAUGCUCGUCAGAGGUUUCACCUCAAGCCCCCUCACAAGGGCAGCGACUGUACGUGAAGUAAUGAACGCCCACCCGACUCAGCUCGAUAGUCGGCUUGGAACGGUGGACUGGACUCACGAUUCCCAGGAAUACGUCUCUGAGUUGCAUGACGGCGCUGAAAUGCUGAAGGAACGAUUACGGGAGGCGAAAUCCUGCGCUGAAGAGGAGUGUAGAAUGAAAAGUCUCGAUGGGUUGCUGAACACGCUCCUGCUCUGCGCGGGUGCUACUGCAUUCAUAAACAAAUUCGCCACCUUACAGCCCGGGUUCAGCCUAUACCACAGACGCACAACCUUGGUAGCUGGGGUCAACGACGUCUUCCGCACCAUCAGCAACGGCACAUUCACCAACGGAACAAUCCUGUCGGUUUUCGCAGCGCCUUCAUUCACAUUUUUUGUUCUACAAGGAGUGAUGGACGCGUGUCUUUUCGUCCCCCCUUUCGUUGUUGCUAUCACCAUCUUUGGCAAGUGGGUUCUGGGCCACUUCGCCACGGGUACGAGCAAGGACAACGAUGUGCAGAUGAGACGACGACCAUUGCACGACUGGCCUCAACAUGUACGGGCCCGCGUCUUGUCAUGCCCUCUAUACACUAUGUUGGCUCUUUGGGCGGCAACCGCUCCUGGCAACUUGUGUUAUUACGGUACUGGCUUUGUGGUGUUCAACGGUCUUAAUUUGCGAAAUGCGAAACUCUCUUCAGAGGGAAGACUGUCUCCAGAGCUUUACCAGGAACUCUCGAGCGUAUCCGUUUAG